AUGAACUUGAAUUUAGCAAAUCCUUUCUGGGUUCCUGUAAAAUCUUUGUUAUGUAGAGCAAAUAGGACAAGGAGAAUAUUCACAGCUUCUGCUAUAAACAAUUUAUCCGACAAGGUGAAAAAAGAUGAGAAUGAGGUUUUGGUUGUUGUUGGUGGUGGAGCAGCUGGAGUUUAUGGAGCUAUUAGGGCUAAAACUCUUGCACCUGAUUUAAGAGUUUUGGUUAUCGAAAAAGGGAGAUUUCUUUCUAAGGUGAAGAUUUCCGGUGGUGGUCGAUGUAAUGUGACAAAUGGGCAUUGCACCGAUACGAUUAGAUUGGCGGAGAAUUAUCCUCGCGGUAAUAGAGAGCUUAAAGGUUCUUUUUUCUACAUGCAUGGACCUGCGGAUACCAUGUCAUGGUUUUCUGAGCAUGGAGUGCCACUAAAGAUUGAAGACGACGGAAGAGUAUUCCCCGUCAGCGAUAACUCAUCGUCUGUAGUUGAUUGUCUCUUAAAUGAAGCAAAUAUUAGGGGAGUUAGGCUUGAGAGAGGAAAGUCUGUGUUAAAUGCUUCUACUAAACCCGAUGGUAAGUUCCUUAUUGAAGUUGGGAAGCGAAGUGCUGACACGUCUGAAUCUAUCGAAGCUUCGUAUCUUCUUAUUGCUACUGGAAGUAGCCAACAGGGUUACUCUUUAGCCACUCAAUUUGGCCAUUCCAUUGUCGACCCAGUACCGAGCUUAUUCACUUUUAAGAUCAAUGAUCCAUUGCUGAUCGAGUUAGCAGGGAUUAGUUUCUCUAAAGUCCAAGCAAAGCUGAAACUAGAAAAUACACGCCCAGAUUUGUCAAACCUUUCGCAGAUUGGUCCAAUGCUUGUGACACAUUGGGGACUUAGUGGACCGGUUAUUCUCCGUCUCUCUGCAUGGGGUGCACGCCAUCUCUUCACAUCAGAGUACAAAGGGGUCCUUAUCGUAGACUUCAUACCAGAUAUUAACAUCGAAACUGCUAAAUCUGUACUCAAACAACACAAGUUGCAGUUUUCAAAGCAUAAGGUAUCCAAUUCCUUUCCUCCUCAGUUUGGUCUUGUUAAUAGAUUCUGGAGAUACAUUCUAGACCGCGAGGGUUCUUCAAAAGACACCUUGUGGGCUUCAUUGUCAAAUAACUCUAUGACCUCUAUUUCCGAUCUGCUUAAACAUUGUACAUUUCAAGUCACUGGAAAGGGCCAAUACAAAGAUGAGUUUGUGACGGCAGGAGGAGUUCCUUUAUCCGAGAUUUCUAUGAAAACAAUGGAGAGCAAACUGGUUCCACAUCUUUUCUUUGCAGGAGAGGUACUAAAUGUAGAUGGAGUUACAGGAGGCUUCAAUUUCCAGAAUGCUUGGUCAGGUGGAUAUAUCGCAGGCACCCACAUCGGCAAAUUAGCAAGUAACAUAAGUUCUACAGAAAGAAAAGUAAUAGGAUUAUAG